AUUUUAAAUCAUUAGAGCUUUUAUCCCUUUCUGGUUUUUCCUAACCCAGUCUUCCCAUUCGCAUACCCACGGCAACCCUGUGCAGAAAUCUACGCUGCUAAAGCUUCUUCCCGUCCAUCGCCUGACCCAUUCAGUUAACAAGCAUCGCCCAAAUCCACCAUCACCAGCAUUUCAAAUCGUUUCGCACCAGCAGUUGCAUCGUCCGAUUCGAGUUGUUAGGAGAAGCAGUACCGGCAAAUCCAUUUUACCGAGAACCAUGCAAUAGAUGGAAGUUGCUCAUCUGACGCCACACUUACGGCUGGCCAUAGACGGCAGUUGCCUGAGGACCAGGCCGUGAUACUCCACCGUCUGUCCAGUUUCAGGCCUUUAUAGGUCAGCUUUGAUUGUGCAGGACAUUUUUUACACUUUGAAAAUAAUUAUGUUUUCUGGGAUCAAGUUCAUACCACGUGACCAAGCAGAAGAUGAGAAUGAGGACUCUUCUACAAGAAAGAGUAUAAACUCGGGUAGUAUGAGUGAAAAACAUAGGAGGAAAAAAAAAAGUUCAUCUUAUAGCAGUAGUUCAGAUGAUGAUGUUAGGAGAAUAAAAAAAGGAGGCAGGAAAAAGAAAAAAUGGUAUUCUUCUGAUGAAAAUUCAUCGCCAGAUUCAAGUGAUAGUCAUAGUACUGAUGACAGUUCUGACCAGUUUGAAAAGAAACAAAGGAAUAAAAGAAAGAAUAAGAGAGGAAAGCAUUGUAGUUCUAAGAAUGACGACAGCAAUAUGUCAAAGAAGAGAUCAAGAAGAGGUGAGAAGAAUUGCUCAGUCAUGGGAUAUUCCUCAUCUGUCUCUGAGGAUGAGGGAAAAGAUGGAAGCAAGAGGAAUGAGGAAAGAGGGGAAAAGGAAGUUGUUGAUGAUUUUCAUGAGAAUGUAGAAAUUACAAGAAAAGAAAUGGGUUUGGAUUGGAUGCUUAGACCUGCAGACAAUUCCGAUAGAAGGCCUGCAGUGAAUGUGGAUAACCAGCCAGAGAAACCACAUAUUGAGGAGAUGAAUAGAGUGAAUCCUAGAGAAUUGAAUCCAUAUCUCAAGGAUAAUGGAAGUGGUUAUCCAGAUGAUUCAGAAGAGAAAGUAGGUGGUGGUCACCAACUUCCUUCUUCAUCGCUUGUUGGGGAUGGAGGUGCAAGUUGGAGACUAAAAGCCUUAAAGCGUGCAAAAGAGCAAGCAGCUCGAGAAGGAAGAAAGCUUGAAGAGGUUGUGGAAGAAAGAUGGGGUUCCCUUGGUCGAUUGGCCGUCUCAGCUGUUUCUCAUACAGCUGCUCCAGCUCGUGCUCAUCUACAUGCCAUAAAAAGUAGAAAGCAGGGGUCAGCAGAGCAACACCAGACUAGUGCUGAUGAUCAAAGUGAGAGAGAUGUAGAAGAGAAUGCUGGUCGAGACUACUUGAAGGAUGUAUCUGUUCGACAUCCUGAGAUGAGAGCUCCCAAAGUACGCGAUUCCUUAUCUUGGGGAAAGCGAAAAAGUCAAAAGAUUUCCACAAAGGAUUCAGGCCUCAUAAAUGCUGCAAUUUCUAGCUUAAAUAAGUUUCCUGAUGAUGGAAGCUUUAUGAGCAAAGUUCUUAGUCAGCAGAAUAGUGAUAUUACUGGUUCUAUUGGUUCCCACAAAAACCAAUAUGAAUGUGUGGACGCGGUGUCUGAAUUGAAGAGACCUAGUCAAGAUACAACUGCAGUUAAUGAAACAUUGAGUGCAAACCAACUGGCAGCCAAGGCUUUGCAGCUUCGUAUGAAAGGAAAACAUGAAGUAGCUGAUAAACUCAUGCAAGAGGCUGAGAACAUAAAAGUAAAGCAAGGUUCUGGUGAAAAUUCUAGUGGACCUCAAAAGAUCAGAAACACCAACAGGUAUGCUGUUCAAGAUGUUUCUGCCCGAAGAAAGGAAGAUGAUGCCGAUAGGCAUCUAGCGCAAAAGAUAAUGCAGAAUAAGCAAUAUAGUUUUUCUGGUCGGGCAGAUGAUGAAUAUGACUUUGAAGAUGGCCCAAGCCGAAAGGCUAGGAAAAAGGGUGUAGUUAGUGAUCCUAAUUUCAAGGAGAGAAAUGUUGUUGCAAAGCGAAUCCUGACUCAGCAAGAGCGUUGCCCUUUUUGUUUUGAGAAUCCAAACAGGCCAAAACAUCUUGUUGUGUCAAUUGCAAACUUCACAUAUUUGAUGUUGCCACAAUGGCAGCCUGUUGUUCCUGGUCAUUGCUGCAUCUUACCCAUGCAGCAUGAACCAUCCACAAGGACUGUUGACAAUAAUGUGUGGGAAGAAAUUCGCAAUUUCAAGAAAUGCCUUAUAAUGAUGUUUUCUCAGCAAGAGAAGGAUGUAGUUUUUCUUGAAACAGUAAUGGGGUUGGCACAACAACGCCGUCAUUGUUUAAUUGAGUGCGUUCCUCUGCCUCGAGAAGUUGCUAAACAGGCCCCUCUGUAUUUUAAGAAGGCAAUUGAUGAAGCCGAAGAUGAGUGGAGCCAACAUAAUGCAAAGAAGCUGAUCGAUACUAGUGUGAAGGGCUUGCGUGGUUCAAUUCCCAAGGACUUCCCUUAUUUCCAUGUUGAGUUUGGCCUAGACAAGGGUUUUGUCCACGUGAUUGAUGAUGAGACGCAAUUUAAAAAUAGCCUUGGGCUCAAUGUAAUAAGAGGCAUGCUACGUUUGCCCGAGGAAGACAUGUAUCGUUGUAGGAGGCACGAGCCAGUAGAGAUGCAAAAACAGUCCCUUGCUAAUUUCGCAAGAGAUUGGGAACAUUUUGAUUGGACAAAACAGCUUGACUAGGUCUUCAAAUUUUACAAAGUUGUAUCCUUUCUAAAGUUUAUUAUGUAAUACAUAAUUAGCUUUAAAUAAAUAAAUCAUAGACUUGAAAUUUAAGCGGAAUA